UGUGAUUCGAUUUGACCUUCCCCAGAUCUUGCCUGACGGGCUAUCAACAUCGACAUCAGGGACUUCAACCGCAGCCCCAUUUCAACCAUGGCGAUUCGUGAAGAUCUUGUUGCGUCCGCAGUUACUUUUCUGCAAGAUCCAAGUGUUACCGGGUCCCCGAUAGAGAAUCGGAUAGCGUUUCUUCGAUCUAAGAAUCUAACACAGGAGGAGAUCGAUGCGGCGUUGGCAAGGGCUGGUGGAGAGCAGGCACCGAAUUAUUCGAACUAUGCGCCGCAACAGCAAGUAGGGGGUCAACCUCAGCCUGGCUAUGGUGGGUAUCAACAGUACCAAUGGCGGCAGCCGCCACCACCACCCGAAGUGCCUAAAAGAGAUUGGAGAGACUGGUUCAUAAUGGCGACGGUAAUGGGAGGGGUUAGCUAUGGACUUUAUUUCAUGGCGAAGCGAUAUGUCUAUCCCAUGAUUGCUCCGCCAACAACGCCGCAACUAGAGCAGGAUAAGCAGGCUAUUGAUGAGUCGUUUGAGAAGGCCUUCUCUCUUCUCGACCAACUGGCGAAGGAUACAGAGACUCUCAAAGCAUCCGAACAAUCCCGAACAGAAAGAUUGGACACGGCUCUGACCGAGGUUGAGAGUGUUAUAGGCGAAUUGAAGACAGCCAGCCGACGCCGAGAGGAAGAGUCCCGACGUAUCGCUGACGAAGUACGUGGACUUAAAGAUUUGAUACCCAAAGCCAUGGAAGGCCAGAAGGAAAAUUCGGAUGCCCGGCUCAAGGAGUUAAACAACGAGUUGAAGAGUCUGAAGACGUUGAUGAGCCAGAGAAUGAAUUCCCCAACAGCUUCGAACUCUAGCCCAUACGGUCGAACCGCAGGCGCUGGGGCCCCUACGCCUACACCCCCAAGUGCUAGCAGUGUCAAUGGUGCCUCGUCUGGCGAAGCAGUCACACCAAAGCCAGCUUCGGUCAACAACACAGUGGGAACUGAAUCUGUUGCCUCGCUUCAAGGUCGAAGCGCAAGUCCAUUCAACACUGGCGCACCAUCUGGAAGAGCUGCAAUUCCGGCAUGGCAGAUGGCCGCAGCCAACAAGAGUUCUAGUUCAGUCAACACGACUGGCACUGGAAGUAAUUCGCAGGAGAAUGCUAGUGGGGCUUAGGACCAUGAUGAGCCAUGGAAAAGAGAGAUCUCAUCAUCUUUGCAUAUCAGGCGUGUGAAGGUGUUCCGUAUCUUGGGAAAAAGGGGGUUACUGAGGCGUGUUCCUGGCAGGGCCUUUAUGCAGCCUGUUGAAGUCAAGGAAGGCCAUUUCCAAUCCUUAUGAGGCCAUCCCGGCUCACACGUUGUGCUGUGUGUCUGCGUUGUAUUAUAUAUAAUAUAUACCACCGUACAGGCCCGCCAUUCCUGUGGCAUAAAUCGCAAAAUG